AAAUAAAGAAAUUAAGGAAUAGAAAGAAAUUAAUCGCUUGGAUCGUAUAUCAACGUCCAAUCUCCGGGAAAAGAGAAGGUUCCAUCGGAACAAUUAUUUAUUUCAAGGUACCCCGUUUCUCUUUUUUCUUUAAAAAAGAAAAAAAAGAGAGGAAGUGUGGGGAGAAAUGAUAAGAAGAUAUUGGAACAUUAAUUUGGAAGAGAUGAUGAAAGCAGGAGUUCAUUUUAGUCAUGGUACUAGAAAAUGGAAUCCGAGAAUGGCACCUUAUAUCUCUACAAAGCGUAAGGGUAUUCAUAUUACAAAUCUUACUAGAACUGCUCAUUUUUUAUCAGAAGCUUGUGAUUUAGCUUUUGAUGCAGCAAGUAGGAGAAAACAAUUCUUAAUUGUUGGUACCAAAAAUAAAGCAGCGGAUUCAGUAGCACGAGCUGCAAUAAGGGCUCGAUGUCAUUAUGUUAAUAAGAAAUGGCUCGGCGGUAUUUUAACGAAUUGGUCCACUACAGAAACUAGAAUUCAAAAGUUUAGGGACUUGAGAAUGGAACAAAAGACAGGUAGACUCAACCGUCUUCCGAAAGGAGAUGCGGCUCGAUUAGAGAGACAGUUAGCUCACUUGCAAACAUAUCUGGGUAGGAUUAAAUAUAUGAUGGGGUUACCCGAUAUUGUAAUAAUCGUUGAUCAGCAAGAAGACUAUACAACUCUUCGGGAAUGUAUCACGUUGGGAAUUCCAACGAUUUGUUUAAUUGAUACAAACUGUGACCUGGAUCUCGCAGAUAUUUCGAUUCCAGCGAAUGAUGAUGCUAUAGCUUCAAUCCGACUAAUUCUUAAUAAAUUAGUAUUUGCAAUUUGUGAGGGUCAUUCUAGCUAUAUAUGAAAUCCCUGAUUAAUAAUAAGAUAGAGUAAUAAUAAGAUAAAUUAAUUAUUUUGUGAAUUCCAUAGCAUAGAUUUAUGGAAUCGGUUACUAUUUCUGAAUCGUACAAAAGAGAUAAAAAUAACUGGGUAUAUUAUGUGAUUUGUCGGUAUCUAAAAUA